AUGAAGGACAAGUGCUUGCAUCCUGACUCUAAAAAGCCUUACAUCCAGUCUAUCCAAGGUGGCGCUGAUAGUGCCCCAGAGGGCCUCCAGCAAGGUAUCACUCAUGCAUUCGUCAUCCAAUUCGACAACCCGGAGGACAGGGACUAUUACGCACUCAAAGACCCCGCCCACCUCGCUGUCGUGGCAGAGCUGGGCCCUUUGGUAGAGAAGGUUCAGAUUAUCGACCUGCCGAGGAAUGACUGA